UCAGGGUCGCAAAGGCUCUUUUGGACUGAAGGAAGUAACAUUAGGGGACAGACCUAACGUUUGCUCAAGUCUGCGAAGGCAUACAAAUCAGAUCUAUAUAAGUACAAACAAUUUAUUUCCUAUAUUCUAAAAUUUAACAACGAUCGGUGAGAUGAUGAUUGACUUCCUGUAGCUGAAGUACUACGAGUGGUUUAAUAUACCAGGAACUAUUUCGUGUUCAAUAUAUGUAUAGAUGACAUCCAAAUUGCCAGAAAAUGUAUAUCCGAUUGGUAGGUAUUUGUCUGGUAGCAGGAAUCCUAGCAACACUUGCUUUCAACCAGAACUACACAGUGCCUACAAAAUAUGGUCCACUAUCUAAAAUUAUUAUAAUUGCAGAAAAUAAAAGUUUAUAUGUAGGAGGAAAAAAUAUUCUUCUCCACUUUGACUUGGAUCUAAGUCUAAAGAAUCAAGGUAUAAUUGGCCCUGUCAACGAUAGUAAACAAUGUAAUUCUUUUGACAAUUCUUGUAUCUACAUGAGAUACCGAACAGUCAAUAAUCAUAUUAGUAUAUUGAAGUCUUUCCGGAACUUCCUGAUCGUAUGUGGAACAGCGCGCCAAGGUAUAUGUUACAUGUACGAUGCAUCUGAUAUCAAUCUUAAACAUCAUUUUGGUGAAAGUAAGAAAAAUUAUCUUGGAAGUGAAAAUUCAUCCGUUAUGCUCAUCACAAAGGACGAAAGUGGUGUUGAUAUGUUUUUCAUUGGUCAAAGUUAUGAUAGCAGAAAAGCAGAUUUCUUUUACAAUGAGUUUGCAACGCUUGAUAUUUCAAAAUCUAACAAGAACUGGAACUUUGAUCAUUACUCCGCUUGGAGUUUUCUUUCAGUAUGUGAUACCAAACGGGAAAACUUUAAAUUGAAGUUUUUACAUAUUUUUGAUACUAAGGAAUACAUUUUUCAUGUUUUCAUUCGAUCAAUAAACAAUUCAGGAAGCAUUUCAUAUGAAACAAGAAUAUCAAAAUUGUGCAAGUAUAACCUGGAUUACGGUUCUUAUGAAGAAAUGCCAAUUUCCUGUAAAACUCCUACGAAGUAUGACAUUGGAAUAGCAGCUCACUACGACAUCGAGCAACAAAAGCUAUAUAUGACAUUUGGUAUAAGGGCAUACAAUGUUGAUAACAUUCAAGCCGAUAAUACUCAAGGUUCGGUCGUUUGUGUCUAUACGAUUGAUGAAAUGAUAAGAAAGUUUGCAAGUGAAGUGUUGACAAAAUGUUUUAAAGGAUUGCCAACAUGGGGGACACCAUCAUGGCACUGCAAUUCUACCCAAUGCACACAAGCUUCUAAGGAUGAAUAUUCAGAGGGUGACAUAAUAAAAUCAUGUGAACAGAAGAAAAUGGAAUUUGGAAUCGAGGCUCACGGUGACGGUUUUAGUAAAACAGCCGUUUAUCAGAUCUCCAAUGAAUUGUUAACCUCUGUUCUGCCACUGAGCAAUAGUUCUGAACAUAUUAUUCUUGCAGGAAGUAAUACAGGAUUUUUAAGAAAGAUACUGGUAACUUCGACACAGAGUACAUCGUACGUCAAAUUUGACGUUAGCGGUGACAGAAAUAUUCCAGUUGGUAAUGAAAUGGUUCUAGAUACACACAGCUAUCUGUAUCUUUUGACAGGAAACAGGGUUACAAAAUUGUCAAUGACGUCAUGUCAAUUACACAAGACGUGUGGAGAGUGUGUACCCAGUGAUGACCCACUUGGAUGCGGAUGGUGUUUCGAUCAUUGUACUACAGAAACCAAGUGUCAACACAGCAAUAUGUGGCAUAAUCAAUCAUGUCCGCCAUUUGUACAGGGUAUAAGCCCAGCGAAUGGACCGCUGGAAGGGUCAACAAAAUUAACUAUAACAGGAGAGAAUUUCGGUUCGAUGGUAAACAAUGCUAAUGUAUCAAUUGGAGCUGCAUCAUGUUUGAUCCAGAAUAUUAGUGAUACAAGAAUAACUUGUCUGACAAGUCGAGUAGGAUUGCCUGUCCCUGCAGCUGUAAAGGUGAGCGUGACUGAUUCGACCUCCAAACAAUAUAGGAUUGAUGGAAUAUCGGAACGCUUGGACAUAACAUUUGAAUAUACGCAAUCUAGUAUUAUGAAUAUCUUCCCCAUGAAGGGACCAAUAUCAGGCAAAACAAUGCUAACUAUCACGGGUGAAAAGUUUGAAAUUGGAUCUAUCCUUUCCGUGAAGAUUGGUAAGAUGCAGUGUGAUAUUCAAACGAAAAAUAACACAGAAAUUGUGUGCCUCACACAAUCUUGUGGAACAUGUGAACAAGUUUUUGAAGGAGAAAAUCUUGAAAUGUCUAACUGUAGGUACAGCGGGGAUAUUGUAGUAGCGAUUGAUGGCGCAUCAUAUCAGCCGUUAGAAAACAAGACAUUUUGUUACAUGCCAAAUCCGGAGAUUAUUCAGCAACCAUCACGAAAUAGUACUAUGAUAAGUGGAGGUUUAAACAUUGAAAUUCAUGGAAACUGGUUUGAUUCUGUUACCAAUUACGGUAUGCUGAUAAGUGUGGGUGACGCUCAUAUUGGUUCGUCUUGUAGAAUGAAACAUUCCGGAUCAAUGUUGGUGUGUUCUACUCCUGAUUUGACAUCCGAAUUGAACAAAUCUGCAGAAGUUAUCGUUGGCCGAAUGACUGUAAUGUUAGACAACAAUCCAGUCAAAUCAACCACGCUCAUGAUUUAUCCUGACCCAGAAUUAGACUACCUAGAUAUAGGCACUCAACUGAAAGAGAUUGAAAUGAAGGAAAAACUUUUAGAACUAAAGGGGCGAUAUCUGAAUUCUGCAGCAAGAAAGGGAGAUUAUAUAAUAAAAAUAAAUGAAUCUCGUUGUCCUGUUAUGGAUCUCCAUCAAACUUAUCUGAUAUGUAACCUUUCUAACACAGUUCAUAUUAAAGAUGUGCCACUACUUGUUGAGGUAUCUGUAGGUCUGAACUGGAAGACGGUUUUGGGGUACAUGAAGUUUUUCCAUAAAGAAAUUCGUCAGGACCAAAUACAUGUCCAACUUGCUGCGAUUUGUUUGGGAACGUUUGCUGUUUUGAUUUUGUGUCUUAUAUAUGUCAUGCGCAAGAAACACUUAGGAGUGUUUCGUAAGAAAGCUACAGAAGAGUUUUCUGUUGAGUUUUUCAAUAGCCCAGAAACAAGAGGCCUUAUGGAUCCGCCAAAUGAUACAGGUAAUUCAUCUGCUGAGCAAAGAACGCCUAGAUAUGUCAAACAGAAAGGACAGAGCGGUACAGUGCUAAUUGUUGAAGGGGCUACAGGGAAUCCUAAACCUGAAUUUGACGCUAUUGGAACUGUUGACAUGCUGAAGGAGCAGAAUAUCUUUAUUGAACGCGAUUUGGUAAGACUUGGGAAAGAUAUUGGCCAAGGAAAUUUUGGAUGUGUAUACCAGGGUUAUCUCCGAUUAAUGGAAGAAAAGGAUGAACAACUUGUUGCCGUCAAAACAAUUCUUAAAACAGAAGUACAGGACAUAAAUGCAAUCAUUAAUGAAGCUAUGAUUAUGAAAGAUUUCAAUCAUCCCAAUGUGAUGUCACUGAUUGGUAUUUCCAUCGCUCCUGGUGAAUUCCCGUUGGUUAUUAUUCCAUUCAUGUCAAAUGGAGAUCUACUGUCUUAUAUUCGUAGUGCUGACAAUAAGCCAACUAUUAAAGACUUGGUAAAAUUUGGACUAGAUGUUGCUAGGGGUAUGGAAUAUCUUGGAAGCAUCAAAUAUGUACAUAGAGAUUUAGCAGCCAGAAAUUGCAUGAUGGAUGAAAACCUCAAAGUAAAAGUAGCAGACUUUGGGUUGGCUAGAGAUAUUUAUACCAAAAAUUACUAUAGCAGUGAUAAUAAGAAAAUGUUACCAGUAAAAUGGAUGGCUCCUGAGAGUUUAGAAAAUGGGACCUAUAGUACAAAAUCAGAUGUCUGGUCGUUCGGUGUAGUUAUGUGGGAAUUAAUGACCAGAGGUUCUGCACCUUAUUGCGAUGUUAACAAUUGGGAUAUGCAUAAGUAUUUGCACUCUGGCAGGCGCCUAAAAAGAACUGAAUUCUGUCCAACUACAUUAUAUGAUAUAAUGAUGGCAUGCUGGAAAUUUGACCCAUACGACAGACCAACAUUUCGGGAGGUGAAUAAGAGGGUCACUGUAUUAGUAGAACAGGAAAAAUAGAAAAGAGAUAGAGAACUUUGUUUCGAAAUAUGCUGACAAUAACCUUCAUUUUAAUGAUGAUGAACCAGUGAAAACAUUUUGUUAAUUUUAAACUCCUUAUAUUUAUGAGAAUCAAUAAGGUACUUUUUACCAAAUGAUAUUUUUAAAAGACAACAAUUACACUACACUCAAAGUCGACGAACAAAGUGUAGUAGUCAGCCGAGAACCAGCUUACCUUUUUCGUAGGCGGGACAUACUAAAAAUAGGGAUGUCAUCAGGGAGGCAAUGUUUCGAAAUGAUUAAUUAAAUAAAAUAAAGAACGGCAUAAUCGCCGAACGCAGAAAUAAACUGCAAUAUGCAUAACUGUACAUAUGUAUACAUAUUUGUGGUCUCUGAUUAGCAUGUACCAAUGGAAAAUACUUUAAAAAAAUGCCUCAAUGAUUUGACAUUUCUAGUUUUAUCCUGGUUUCGAUUGCAGAUUUAUGUUUGUGAUCUUUAUCUUCACAAACCGAGAUCCGUCAACUCAAUGCCAUGUUUUGAGAAAAUGUCACUCCCUAUGUCUCCCUCUUCAUUAUGAAAAAUAAGUUCACCUCUUUUUACAUGACUAGAUUUUUGGUUAAAGGAUAACAUUUUAUACCUAUCCAGAGAGUUUAUUUUCUAAAACCUAUAAAUGUAUUAUUUCUCCAAGCCAUCUAUCUUUAAAACUAGCCAAAAUUGGUUACUUCUAUGAUCGUAAAUUGUAAGAAUUAGUAUCCGCUGCACUUUGAACGUUCAGCACUUAAAUACAUUCACCUAUUAUUUUUUUUACAUUGAUUCCUGUAUCUUGUUUUAUUCUUUUAUUCUCGUAAUGUAUUUCUUAAAAUUAGUACAUUGCAAAUAUGAAUAUAAAUUGGUAAACAACUUGACAAAAUACCCAAAAAGUAAAAAUAAAAAUAAAAACUGAAUUAAGGUGGUAUAUAACACUACAGGGAGAUAACUCUGUAAAAAUCAGCUGAACGUUUUAAAUACGUUCUAUUGUUAAGGAAAUAUUAAGCUUCUCAAUGAUCAAAAUUAGUGUUGGUCAAACUGCUAUAUAUCCAAUGAAAUUUUUCCGGUAAAGUGUGUGGUUCAAAUUUUUUGAAAUUUUUAUAUUUUUGUUCUUUUGAUCCGUCUUUGUAUAUUUUAAACCUUUACUAUUUAGUCCACCUUUGGAAUAUACUUUUGGCGUGGCUAUGUAUUUAUACAUUCCGCCAUUUUUUUAUUGUGCUAUGGUCAUUUUUAUAUGCUUUGUCUUUCAUUAUUGCUUAUAUAUUUUGUCUAUAUGCCAUUUUAUUUUUAUUUUUUAAAUAGUUAUUUGUUUUUAGUGAUUAAGAUUAUAACACAAUGUUUACUGCUGUACCCCAAUUUUUCACAUGUUAACCUAUUAUGUCAGAUGUGUUUGGUUUAUUGAAUUUGCCAUGAUAAGGGAUUUUACGUUUUGAAUUUUCCUUGUAGUUUGGUAUUUUUGAUAUUUUACUUUUUGGUAAGGUAGUUAAUUUUGCAGCAAAACUAAAGAUCUUAUACGUACAAAUGCAUGUUACUUUGAAAUAUUUACAUAAUGAUGUUCGCUUCUCUGUUUUAAGAUAUCAAGCAUUUAAAAAGACUAUUAUAAAAUGAUAGUAUAUUUUAAAUAAUCCUAGGAUUUAAAAAAGCAGAAAAAAUUAGGCGUUCGUGUGCUUGUUUUUCGAGAUAUAAAAGCCAUUGAAAAUUUGGCGGAAAAUUAUUCUCCCUAGAUUUUUAACAUUCAACAUUGGCACCUAUUUUUCUUUCAAAAACUAUGAAAAAAAAGGAUUUUGUAAGAAUCAAAUAUGGAUUUUCAAACUACAUGUAAUGAAAAUAUAUAUAAGGAAAAGUAGGGGUUAGCGGGAAAAAUUUAAAUGGCUCUACAUAAAUAAAACCAGAGGAUUCCGAAUGUCUGGCAAAAAUUCAAAAAAAUAGAAGAAGAAGCGAACAUCCUUCUUCUUUUAGAAGAAAAUAAAAUAACAAAAUUCGAAGUUCAAAGGUAUGAGAAUUUUCAGAAAAGGUAUUACGAACACGGACCCGGACAUAACCUAACUAUGAAAAAUUUGUAAGAAAAAAAAAUGAAACUAUACGUAAUUAUUUUCACAAAUGAAAAGUUAACAUGAAAAGAAGAUUUAAAAGAUUUUUUGAACGUUCAGAAUGAAAAGAAAAAUAAAAUGUUUGUACACGUAAGGUGUAUCUGAGCGAACUAGCAUCAGGUACAGAUACUCGAUCAAAUAGAAAAAAGAAGAUGUGGUAUGAUUGCCAAUGAGACAACUCUUCACAAGAACCAAAUGACACAGAAAUUAACAAACUAUAGGUCACCGUACGGCCUUCAACAAUGAGCAAAGCCCAUAUUGCAUAGUUAGCCAUAAAAGGCCCCCGAAAUGACAAAUGUAAAACAAUUCAAACGAGAAAACUAAUGGCCUAAUUAAUGUACAAAAGAAUGAACGAAAAACAAAUAUGUAACACAGCAACAAACUACAACCACUGAAUUACAGGCUCCUGACUUGGGACAGGCACAUACAUACAGAAUGUGGCGGGGUUAAAAAUGUUAGCGGGAUCCAAACCCUCCCCUUAACCUGGGACAGUGGUGUAACAGUACAACAUAAGAACGAACUAUAAAAAUCAGUUAAAAAAGGAUUAACUAAUCAGAUGGAUACAAAUAGAAAUACAUCUAACAAACACACAGAGUUGACGUGGUUGAACAAUAAGAAUGUAAAACGUUAGAAAGAUUUAAACCUGAAACAUCCUUAACAUACCAGCCAUAAAUAUUUUAGUUGAAACCUAAGCUUAAAUUCAACUUCAUAAUUUAUGAACUCGAAAUCUUUUUAAAAAAAUGUGAUAUCUAAGUCAUACCAGUAAAAAAGCACUAGCUGCUAAUUAUUACUAAAAUGAUUGAAUAAUUACUCUAUGAGCAUUUAACUUAAACUCUCUGUUUAUUUGUUAUAUUUUUGAAGUCAGUUAGAAAUAAACUGGCAAAGAUUUAUUUCUUGUUGACAUAUGAUUGAUGUUUUUGCCUUAUUUGUAAUAAUUUAUGCCUUUCGAAUUCAAAGAGACCAAAAAAAUAUGCAUUCUCCUUUGUUUUUUUUUGUUUUUUUUUGUGUUUCAUCAAUGUAUGUCUAUAUCUAUAUUAAUUUGUUAAUGUCUAUAUUUCUUGUUUUAUUGAAUGCAAUAUUGGUGAUAGACACGAGUUAAACAACUAUCUGCCAAACAUGCAUGUCUGCUCUUUUACAUUUAGUGGUUACUCUCAAGUUACCUUUACUUUUUUAUGUGAUUUUUUUUUUUAAUUUAAAUAUCAAUUAACUAACUUUUAUAGUUUGAUAUUUUAGAGAAUUUUCCAUUCCUAAUAAACCUUUUACCAGAGUAUGCUCAUAUGUGUUAAACGCGUGAUUUGCAAGUCUGUAUAUUUAUUGUAAAUAAAUAUGUAUUUUUUUA